GGCCCCCGCUGCCGGCCAUCGAGGAAGCCGGGACGGGCGACUAGGCGCGGUGUGUGUGCGGCGGCUCCACCAUGUCGAAGGUGUCCUUUAAAAUCACGCUGACGUCGGACCCGCGGCUACCGUACAAAGUUCUCAGUGUUCCUGAAAGUACACCUUUCACAGCAGUGUUAAAGUUUGCAGCGGAAGAAUUUAAAGUUCCUGCAGCAACAAGUGCGAUUAUUACUAAUGAUGGAAUAGGAAUAAAUCCUGCACAGACUGCUGGAAAUGUUUUUCUGAAGCAUGGCUCAGAGCUGCGAAUCAUUCCUAGAGACCGAGUUGGAAGCUGCUAAUGUCUGCUUCUUGGAAUACCCAGCUUUUCAGAAUAAAUACUGGUAUUUGUUGUUGCUGUACUGUUGAAAUCAGGCAUUCACGAUACAAUGAAAGCACCAAGAAUCAAUGAAACAGGAAAAAUGACUCUUGUCCCUUCUUGUUCGUUUUGUUCAUGGGAAGAGAGAAUGCCUUUGAGUGGAGGGUACCAACCAUAGGUCACACAGUGGGUGACUGCUGCCUCACCAGAAGAAGAGGGUACUUCUAUGACCAAUGGACUGUGCUUUAAAAAAACAAACAAAGCCAACAGCAAAACCAGAGGAUGAGUCUGAUCAGCCCUUUCAGGAACAUUUGGAAAAUCAAAAUUUACAGUAUCAGAUGUGUUUUCUGACUUGAGAAUUUAAAGGAUAAUGAUCAUAGAAGCAUUUGGCUCAAGAGCAUCUCACCUGCAGGCCCAUAUUUAGAUUUUCAAAUUAUAUUGGUUGUGAUGAGUUGUACAAAACCAAAAUUAAAUCAUGGGAUUUAA